AUGCCUCCCGAACUAGUGCGCGCCCCGUCGCAAGGAAGCAUCGUCUCCCAAACCACCCAACAGAUGGGACCCAUGAGCCGUCCAGGGACUGCUGACCCCCUACGAGGCCGCUCCGAGACCAUUUCCCGUACUGGUCGCCGCCCACGCUCCCGAGGCUCGACAGCCAGUAUUCAUUCGAGCACCACACAACAAACCCAGGAUCAACUCGAUGCAUUCCCGCAAUUUAUGCCCUCCCAGGUCGCCGGUGCCCAGCAUGUCUUCGGCGGGAACCCAGAAGAUAUGAUCAUGCGGUUUGGACACCAGCUCGCACACCAAACCCAUGGCCCGUCCUUGGACCAAGGCCAUCGUGACGUCCAUUCGGUAGGCCCUCGCCCCGACGAUUUUGCUAGCCAUGCCAUGCACGGUCACAACCUCUCGCACCACUCCAUGCCGCCCGAGAUGAACCACAAUGGGCUGCAACAAGUCCCCGUCUCCCAGUACCAGCCCCUGUACGACAGCGGUAUCGAGAACCAUCUGCCCGACCAGACAUUGGAUGAACAGGAGGCGUCUGAGGCUGGUGGGAAGAAGAAGCGUGGAUCCAGCUCAACUCUGGCGAAUGACAAUGAACUGCGUAAGCUGUUGCGUCAAUAUGAGGGAUAUACCUUGAAGCAGAUGGCCACCGAGGUCAUGAAGCACGAGGGUGCCGGAGGCAAGGCAGAGAAGGUGAAGCAGGUAUUCGCCAUGAUCUGGCUGCGUGAGAACUGUCGCAAGAGCAAUGGCUCCGUCCGACGUGAUCGAGUGUACUGCUGCUACGCAGAGAAGUGUGGCACGGAACGAGUGUCGGUGUUGAACCCCGCAUCCUUUGGCAAGCUGGUCCGCAUUAUUUUUCCCAACGUCCAGACGCGACGCCUCGGCGUGCGUGGUGAAUCCAAGUAUCAUUAUGUGGAUCUGUCAGUCAUUGAGGAGAAGCAAGUGAAGCCUGUGGCCCAGGUUCCUUCCCACCCUCACGGCCCUUCUGGGAUGCCUGAUCGACCCGCUAGCGCGAUGCGUUCGCGACAGUUUGAUGGCGAGUCUCCGGCACCUACCGUCAAUUCCACCGGACGCAUCAGUGUUAGCAUCCCCCCUCCCACCGCUGACACGGCCGUCUUCCCUUCGCCAACCACCUCGUUCGCACCCCGCAAUUCCACCACGUCCAAUACCUCUCCCAUGGGCAGUUGCAGCUGUCAGGGCCAGCCUCCGUUUGGCUCAGAUGCCACCAUCACCACCGACAACGUCGCGCAGCAAGCCGGCAAGAUGAUCCAUCAGAUGCUGCAGUUCCCCAACGAUGAAACCCCUUCGGUGGACAAUGACUCCCUCACCCUGCCCGAUAUUCGCCCGUACCUUCCUCAAAACACUGAUCUCAAGGUGGCUGAUGCACUGGCGGCCCUUUACCGGUCCCACUGUAUAUCGGUCAUUGACAGCUUCCGCUUCUGCAAGGAACGCAACCUCCUCAAAUACUUCUCGGCCUUCCACGGCACGCUGACCGUUCCAGUCCAGAAGUUGCUGACGCACCCGAAUGUGGCUCCUUGGAUCAAGGAGUGCGAUUGGCUGAUGUACCAAAAAAUGAUUGCCUUUGUGGCACCGCUCACCACGCAGGUGGUUCCCAAAGUCGUAAUGGACGCCUUUGGUUCCAUCUCGCAGCGGCUCUGCGGCCACAUCGCCGAGACCUUCAAGGCACAGCCUGCCCAUGUCUCGGUGGCGCGACUCGUCCCUGCGCACAUCUUCUGCAACCUUCUCAAGCACAUGCUGGAUGUCAACCAGGCGGCGAAUGCUGCUGCGGCCUGGCUAUGCCACCCCGACAAUCGCAAUCAGAUGUGGUAUGACUUUAAGACCUUGGUGAACCCGACUGAGAUGAUCACCAAGGCGAACAUUCCGAGCUGUGCCGAAAAGGCUACCCAACAGAUCCUUAAGCAUGAUGUGCGGGCGCUCCUCACCCCUCUUCAGGAUGCCAGCCCGUCGACCGGCCUGCCUUUUUUCCACAAGCCCGAUCAACCCGAGGAUGCGGAGGCCCACCAGUUCCCUGUUGACAACUCCAGUGGAGACGACUACAACUUUCCCGAUAACUGGGUCUCUUUCAUUCUCAACCUCCCUGUCAUCUUCGCCCAACACCACGCCGCGUGCAUCAUUGACAAGGUUGAUGCCCUGUGGGACAGCGUCCUGCACCGCCUGACCCUCGGCGGUGCUCCCAGCUUCAGUGCCUGGUGGAUGACCAAGGUCUUCUUCCACGAGAUGAUGGUCUGGCAGGCUGAGAAGGGUGGCUUCAUGCACAGCACGCCUGCAUCCUUGCAGAGUGCCGUUUUCGGUCACGAGCACACCGGCAUGGUAAACUACCAGCGCCAGUCUGGCACUGCCAAUGGAGUGCCUUCGAAGACACACUCACGCCAGUCCAUGAGCCAUGAGGCCGCCACUGAGAGCCCCGCCUCGAACGAGACCGAGUCCAAGCAUGUCCCCGAGAAAGAGCUCGUCCUCCCCGCAAACAACGAUGAUAGCGCCAUCGACCUCGAGGACGACCCGAUGAUGAUCGCGGUGGGUAAAUACAACGACAUGAUGGCCUCGGAUCCCGCCGACGCCGAAGGCGACGUGGUUGUGAUCUAG